UGUAGAAAGAAAGAUGUUUUCUCAACAAUAUUUGUUUACUAUAUUUCUAUCAAUUGUUUGUUUUGCAAAGUUAUGUCAAACCGAAACGGAUCUAAUAAAAGGUGUUCUGUUGGGAGCACUCAUUGCCAAACAAAAAUCAGGCGAAAAAGUCUUCAUUCUUCCCAUGAAUGGAGAUAAACUUCUCUCUGAAACGAGAACUCAAGAAUUUAAUGAUAACGAAGACGAGGAUAUGUCGACGACAACUGUUUUACCAGAAUAUAUGAAUAAUAUGAACGCAAAGAAUUCACAAAUUAUUAAUAAUAUCAAACAAAUGCAAGAAAUGAUUGAACAAAUUGUUAACCAACACAAGGAAAAGAAAUCUCCUCAACAACAAAAACCUCGACAAAUGAAUCCAAUUAUGAGAUCACCGUCUGCCAAUGGAUCCAUUAGUGUUAGGACCAGCAGUUGGACCAAAGAAUCCAACAAAUAA